GGCGGCGGCGGCGGCUGCGGCGGCGGCUGCUGCUGCUGCUGCUUCUCCUCCUCCAUUUUCCCUUUCAGCAAUCGCCUGGCUGUUUCCCUCACUUUUAUCCCACGCUGGCUCUUGUCCGGGGCCUGGCGCUGAAGCCGCACGUGCGAGCAAAGGCAACCCUGCAAAAGCCGACCUUUGCUGGCCAAAGCAACUUUCCUUUCCCAGCCUAGGAACCGAGCCAGCCCGUCAGCUUCUUGCAGCGAAAGCUUCGCGUUUGCUGGCUGCUGUAGGAACCGUGACUCAUCAGCUCGCCUCAGUCAGACCGGCGGCCGGGCGUCUUAAUGGGUCCUUUGCCAAUUGCUUUGCCAAGCAAUGGAAAGUUGUGGCUUUACGGGACAGCGGACCAGAGAGUGAAGACCAGGGGUGUCAAACUGCCAGCCCGUGGGCCGGUUUCAUCAUACCGGAGCCGUGCCCACCCCAUUGCCGGCAAUGGAGAAAAAGCUCAGAUACGUCGCACGACAUCACUUGACGUCGCGAGUUUGACAUGCCUGAUCCAGACAAAGCUGAUGUUUACAUAAUGAUUGUUGAAUUCUUCCUUCAAGAUCAUCUCCAUACUCUUCUACAAGGAGGUGGUGACAUUCUUGGUGAUUCUGAGCUACAGCAAUUUUCUUCAAGCUUAAGAAGACGAAGAAGCUCAAAGCAUUAAAUUCAGAGAUGUGAACAGACCGGUUUUGCUGAAAGCCAAGCUACAUAAACUGCAGAACAACAUAAGCAAUUCCACCUCUUUCAUAUAACAGCUAGUAACAUUUUUUAUGAAAUUAUUUCUUUCUGGCAGAGGGUUAGCUACAUCUACAGAUGAGCAGAAUAUCCAAUAACCCUCCCUUGAAGGAGUCAUCAGGGCUCAAACAUCUGCUACUAAACAACUGGGAAAUUUCUGAAGGGGCCCUAUUUCUUGCAUAAAAACAGCUUGACACUUCUUGUUAAAACUGCCAAAGGAAAUAUGCCAACUCAGCCUCUUUUGGUGUACAUGGAUGGUCCAGAAGGUAUAGCCAGUACUGUUGGUUCACGAAUGGACAGUAAUGAUGCCACUAUGCCAGUAAAAGGAGCCAACACAAUCUCCUAUAAGAACUUGCAAGACAAGUUCUUAAUGCAAAGUGAAGGAUGUGUAUCUUUAGACUGCAUGUUUUGUGAACAGACUUUCAAGCAUUCAGAAGAUCUCGGUAAGCAUGUCUUAACGCAGCAUCGGCCGACACUUUGUGAACCAGCAGUUUUGCGUGUGGAAGCGGAGUAUGUUAGCCAUCUUGAUAAAGGACAAGGGAGAAUUGAUUUGCCAUCACUGGACGUAAAUGAAAAGGAUAGCCAAGACUUCAGCUGUGUGGUUUGUGGGCAAACAUUUGAUGAGGCUUUUGAUGUUGAGGCCCACAUGAGGAAGCAUAAGGAUUCUUUCACUUAUUGGUGCAACGUAUGUGGAAGGAGAUUUAAGGAGCCCUGGUUCCUCAAAAAUCACAUGAGGACUCACACUGGGAAACCUGGCUCUCGCAGCAAGGCACUGCAAGGAUCUGAGAGUCCGGUAAUGAUAAAUGAGGUUGUUCAGGACCAAGUGACAGAAAGUAUAACAUCCCCUUAUAAAAUCUGCAUGGUGUGUGGCUUUCUAUUUCAGAAUAAGGAAGGCUUAAUUGAGCACAGCAAAGUACAUACCAAAGAUUCUCUAGCCAACAGUAAUGGCUCUCCGUCAGAAGGGGAUGGUAAAGAAAGUAGGACACCCAGAGAAGAAUUUCUGCAAUUUUUAAACCUAAAGCCACUUUCACCUUCUAAUAACAUCAAACAGAAAAAGCCCGUGAAAUGGAUUGCUGAGUUGGAUCCGUUCAGUACCUAUCAGGCAUGGCAGCUGGCAACUAAAGGUAAAAUUGCUAUUGGCCACGGGCAAACAAAAGAUGCUGGCCAAGAGGGAAGCACAGACAAUGAUGACUCAUCUUCGGAUAAAGAAGAACUUGGGGAGAUUUGGAACUCAAGCAAAGCAAACCAAACUGAAAGCACAGGAAAGACCAAGGGAAGCAGAGGUGGAAGUUGUUACACAGGGAUUGGUAACGUGCCACAAGACAAAUUCAAAUAUCCUUGCCGCAAAGUGCCUUCAUUGCAUAUGUCCCAGAACAAAGGCAAGCCUACCCAUUGUUCAGAGUGUAACAAAGCCUUUCGAACUUACCACCAACUCGUCCUUCACUCCAGAGUCCAUAAGAAAGAACGGAAGAAUGAUAUGGAAAGUGGCAGUGAGGAAGGGAAGCAGCUGAGAACAUGCCUUCCUCACCCUGGGACCCUGGAUGAGAACGGAGUCGAACGACUGGAGGGGGUGUCUGAAGAUGGCUCUGAGGAUGGGAUAAUAGAGACUUCAGAUAAAAAUGAAGACGGGUUGGAAAGAUCAAAAGUAAAAAACCUUGGAGCUACUAGAGAAUGCAGCUACUGUGGAAAGUUUUUUCGUUCAAACUAUUACCUCAAUAUUCAUCUCAGAACUCAUACAGGAGAAAAACCAUACAAAUGUGAAUUUUGUGAAUAUGCAGCAGCGCAGAAAACCUCUUUGCGCUAUCAUUUAGAGAGGCAUCACAAGGACAAACAUACAGAAGCUUCAACAGAUUUGAAAAAUGACAGUAAAGGGUUAUUGCCUUCCCAGGAGGCAGGCUUCUUGUCAGUAAGCGGUCAUGCUCCAGAAACCAAAAAUCUGAAAAGGCUCCUUGAAGACGCCAAAGAUGCCAAAGGAGUCUUCCCACCUGUAAAACAACAGAAAGAAGAGUUUUACCUUUUUUACAAUGCGCCAAAAGAUAUAACUCAGGACACAAGCAAAAACUCUGUCUGUGAUGGCUUGAAAGAGGGCGCAUCUGUUUCAGUUUUAAAACAUGAAAAAAACACAGUGGAGCAUCAGGCAAACAGUCUUGUGAACAGAACUGAAAAGAAGAACUCUGAGUUAACAAAAAAUGUGUUUUAUGCUGGCAGAACGAAGGCGGAUUUAAGUGACAUUACUGAAAACUCAAAAUGCAGAUUAACAGUUCAAGAAAAGCCCUUAAAUUUAUCUACCGCCUCUUCUCAGGAUGCUCCAGUAAUUCUUCAUUCACGGUGUUCCUUAGCAACCAGCACCUGUCCCUUUUGUACUUUCCGGACGUUAUACCCAGAAGUUCUCAUCAUGCAUCAACGGUUGAUGCAUAAGUCUGCUAAUAAUCUCAAUGCAGUUACUAAAAGUAGUAUUAGAAAUAAGGCCGCUCAUAAAGCCAGACGUACAGGCUGCCCACCCUGUCUUUUGGGCAAGGAUGUACUACCGCUGCCUCUUAAUUUUGGGAAAAUCAAAUCUUCCUUCCUCACACAAUCAAAAUCUCAGCCUGUGGAGAAGGCGAGGCAGUGUCCCGCCGCACAGAGCAAAGGGCCUAUUCUCUCAGGACAAAACUCCAGCAGCAUGGCACCAAGCAACUUGAAAUCGGGCAAAUCCCAAAUGAUUGGCAUUCAGAUUAAUAACCGUAGACAACAGCAGGAAAUGCACCAGAGCCCUAGUCGCACUACAGUGCAAGAUAAAGGGAAAUCAAGGCUGUUGGCUUCUCAAUUAGGAACAGGGAAUAGCAGCAUCAACAGCUCUUUGGAGAACCCUUUGACCAAAGCUGCUGGGUGCACUAGUCGAGAAGUAGAGUUUUUCAGUAACAGAUCUGCUGGGAAUAGAUAUGUGGGAUUUGAUGGACUGCCUUCUAAAAGAUUUAGGCCUAAUCUCUUUGCUCUGGAACAGAUCGACUCUGCUCGACAUCGGACAGAGAGUGAAACUGCUAGAUUACCUCUUUCAGGCAAAUAUUCAGGUCUGCUCCCUCAGGAAUGUUCACACACCAAGCUUGCCUCUCUCCUGCCUUUCAAACAAGGGCUCAUGAGCUCCGAAAGAGAUGCUGUAAAUCCAAUGACUGUUCUAAAACCAUACGAAACGUAUAACCCGGGUUCAUUUGCCAGUUCCUGUGGAUCGGGUAGCAAUCACGUCCCCAGCUCUUCAAAAGAAGGAAAAAGACCAGUGUCAUAUCAACACCUAUCUAAUUCCUUGCUGCAAAAGCGAAGUUAUGAGAACUUUAUUGGCAAUACCCAUAACCGCCUGAAUGAUAAAAAAACAUGAUUUGGCUGCAACAGAUGGUGUGAAGACACAGAUUUUGAAUUACCUUACAGUUCAUCUCUUGAGAAUGAUAGAAUGACAAAAGCUACCAAACUAAGCUGUGAUUUUAUUGUGCACAGAGGAAAAACACUACAGUUGUGUAAUGGAAGAUUUGAUCCUGUUUGGAUGAAGCAAUGUAAACGUUAUUGUCCAAGACAGUGUUGUCCAAGUGUGUGUAUCUUUUCCCAAUUUUGAAUAAUAUUUUUUUCUUAGAAUUACUGUAGACCAAAUAUUCAACUUAAAUAUAUUUUUGCAUAUGUGAGUGCUGCUUAUGUUGUGUGCAGUCCUUGCAUCUCAGGUAAAGCUGUACAUUCUGUUUCCCUCAUUGAAAUGCAGAGAGGAUUUUUGCUUAAAAUUUUCAAGUUUUGUUUUCUUUAAAAAAUAAUUUUUGAAACAAAACCCCUUUAUGUAUUACUUAUGUUCAUUUUAAGCACCAUUAUUGCCUCUCAGAUUAUAUCAGGAACAUUUAGCACCAAACAAGACCAUACUAUUUUUGGAGACAUCAUACUUUCUCCAAUUGAAUCUUGUUUUAUUUUUCUUUUAGCAUCUCUUCCAUAAGGGAAUGAAAUUAAUUGAUUGCACUCUUGGAUAGUGUAGGGCAGAGGUCUCCAACCUUGACAACUUUAAGAUUUGUAGACUUCAACUCCCAGAAUUGGUUAUUUCAGUUUACCCCUUUUCUUUUCUUAAAUGCCAUUUUCACCUCUACACAUGCAUCGUUGUGCAAAAAUGUAUAGAUGUAAAUAAAUUGUGUACAUAUGCCUAAGAGGGAACAUAAGGUUCCUCUCAAACACCAAUGCCAACUAUACCAACUCUUGCAUAUUUACUUGACAAACUGAAGGUUCAAUCUGCCUUCCUCACAUGACUUCAUAGAUGGAAGAUUCCCACAGAUUGCCCAUGCAACUUGUCCCCCUCUCAAAGACUGUUUGCUUUGGAUCAGGAUAAAAUUUUAGUUACAUUGUGAUGCACACAGGAAUUGCCUUGAAUUGGAUGCUUGUGUUCCCUUAUAGAGAUUCUGCAGUCACACUUCUCCAUACAGCUACAAGUACUACUUGGGUCCCAUUUGAAAAAUCAGGGCAUAUGUCCAGCAUUCUUUGUCAAAACCAAAAUUGUGUGUAUAAGGGUUCUUGUGAGGUAAUGUUUAUCUAUAUACACUUUGUAAGUUGUUUAGCCCAAAGUUGAGUGACAAAUUUAACAAGGAAAGAUUGUUUGUUCUUUUGUUUUUAAAUCCUAGAGGGUUUUGUUUGUUUAUUUCAAACUGCACAGGACUGAAAAUUGAAUAGGAGAAUUGUUUGCUGGCUGAAAAAUUGAAUUGUACAUGUUAAAGCUGGAUGUUCCAAGUAUUUUGUAAAAGCCUUAACAGCAGCUUAAAUGUUAUUUUCAGUUUGACCUAACCAUGUUUCCAGAACAAAAACGGUUUCAAAAAUACUUUUUUGCACUGUUUGAAUGUGUUUCCUAUCAGAUGUAAAUUUGCAGAAGCUAGGUAGACAUUCUUGGAAGUUUUCUUCACACCCAGCAAGCAACUUUGGAAGCGUUUUAAUUUUCUGACUUCCUGUAUGUGAAAAAAUUUAUCUCCGUAAAACUGGCAAUGGAAUGAAGUGCUGUGUAUCAGGAAAUUGUACAAAAUUUAUCCUUUUCCUGUUCAUAAGCUGAGCCAUAUGUACAUAAAAUCUAGAUUUGUUUUCCUAGUUUUGCACUUUUAUAGCCUAUUUUUGAAGAUGAAUACAUUUGAAAGAUGGCUGAUCUAUUUUUGCCUGAAGCUUAAAUGAGUCUUGUCUCUUUUUUUCCCCAUUCUCUGUUUUUAAGUAAUGGAGCUUAAUAAAAUAAUAAUUUUAAAAAAGGACUAGGACUAUAUUUAAUUACAGUUUUUAAAAGCAUCUCUUGCUUUUUGUUGGUGCAGUCUUCUAGAAGCUUAUAAGCACCCUUCUCAAUUGAAGACAAAAUUAAGAACAGAGGCCUUAAGUUCCCAGUCAGGGUUCCCAGUCCCAUUUCCCUUUUAAGCACAGGAAUUACUGCAGCACAAGCUUUUUCCUGUCCUACUGUAAGUCCCUAUGAAAAGACCUGGCUGACUCUUGUUCUAGUCUAUAUCGGAGUUGGAUUGGGUUGCAGGAGGGAGUAAUACUACUUCCCUUCACACUUCUGAUGUUAUAUUUGCAGCAACUUCUGCAUAUUGUGUGGACUUCAACUCUUCACAUACGCAACAGGGUCCCACGGUGGCUUGGUCAUUCUUUGAGCUCGUCUAUACAUCUGGGGGAUGUCCACAUGGAGGAAAGCUGCUGAUGGGAUAUUGCAAAAGAGUCCUUAAGCAUAGUCCACUAAACCCUUCUGGGCAGAGAUGGGAUACCAACCAGGUCAAAAGGAAAAGAUGCUGCUUAUUUGUAGUUAUUUGUAAAUUACAACAUUGAUCUCCAAAAUAGGUUUUGCCCAUCAGUAUUAACUAUGGGAUACUACUGUUGUUUCUUUCUUUUUGGUAAUAGUGAUGAGAAUGCUGGUACAAUUGUUAUAUUUAUUUCUUUCUACCAUGAUUUAUAAUUGUUAAAUUCUUACAUUGUUGAACUGUAGACACCAUAAAAGUCAUUUAAUUUAUGCUGCGUUUUCAAUUUAGUGUAAUUUGUUAUAUGUGAUGUAAAUACAAAUGUGGUGAGA